CUUAAUUAGAAUCAUUUAUAGCAUAAGUACUAGAUUAAUGAAACAAGAAAGAAAUGUUCAAGUCAAUGUUGUUUGACUUGUUGUGAUGCAAAUUUCUCCCUGAACCUGAUCUAGAGAGACAAGGCCCGUCUUAACCCAGUUAAUCACGUUUGAACGCGUGUCACAUUUGAAACAGACUUGGUCAAUCUCUCACACUUGGGCGUGGCCGUUAUUAAAAUGCGAGCGGCUGCGCGAAGGCGGCGUCCGAGGUGCAAGGUCCGAUUACAACGCGAAAGGUGUGAAGGCAGAUUCUCAUGCCAAACCGACGUUGUUGAUGCUUGGUUGCUUCGCUGAGCCUGAAGAACAUUGCAUCUCAAACAAGAAUUUGACAUUGAGAUGAUAGAUACUUGCAUUCCUUAGGAAAGAAAAAUAAAAUGUAAAGAUAUAGGAGUAGAAUCGAAUGAGCAGAAGCUAUGGGGUGGGGAAGUAUUUACAGAAGACGUUUGAAAGUUUUCUCGGUUGCUAUAUUAAUCCACCUGGAUUAUAAGACUGUGCAGCACAGAGAGAAAUGGAAUAACGAAUCAAAAAGAGCUGCUUUAUGGGAAAAGGCUCAUAAGCGAAAUGCUAAGCGUGUUGUCGGUUUUACGAUAGAGAUGAAAGGCUUAUCAGUGAAACUUGGGCAAUUCUUAUCCACACAUGCUGAAGUGUUUCCUAAAGCCUAUGUAUCCCUUCUCAAGCAAUUACAAGUCUAUCUUUCUCCUCGUCCUUUCAAAGAGGAAAUUUCCUUGUAAGCAAGGAAGCCCCUCAUCGCCCAAUUUUACUUGAUUUCGCGCUUACUAAGAAACUAUCGAGCUUUGUGAAGCAAGCACUAGCAAAAAUGUAUUUGCAUCAUCCGAGAAAUGGGCCUCAAGCUACGCCUUGAUCUACCCGAGGAGGCUAUGAUGGUAACAACUGCAUUCUUCCGUGGUUCAACACCAGCCAAUAAAGCUCAUCAAACCAGGAAAUCUUUGGCUGAGCAAAGUAACAGAAAUAAGAAGGUUGUACAGGAAAAGAAGAAACCCAAACAAAAAGAAGUCCAAUACCUCAACCCAGUUAAUGCAUUUUCGGGUGAUAUUGUACUCUUUACACGGGUUCAAAUGCUUCUGAGAGCUCUCUCAUCCACUAUGAGUGACAUAGUAUAUCUAGACAUCAUGAGACCAUUUGCUGAGUCUGCUCUUCUAGGCAAAGUGGAUCUUACAGAAGAAAACCCUUUGCUAAUGUUUGAGUGGGAUGAAUGCUUGAACCUGAUUGCGGCAUCAGCACCUGAGACUGAACCUGGGAAGCAACAGUUGUAUCAUUAUUUAUCUUUCGGCUGGUUGUGUGGUGGAAUAAUUGAGUAUGCAUCUAAGAAGAAAUUUCAGGAAAUACUUGAAGAGGCAUUCAUUCAUCCUCUAAAAAUUGAAGGUGACCUUUAUCUUGGAAUUCCUCCUGGUGUGGAAUCUCGACUUGCUUCACUUACGCUAGAUACAGAUGAUCUCAACAAGCUCUUAGAAACGCACAAUCGACCUGAGAUGACAUCCUCCUUCCAACUCAACAACAUUGCUCAAUUUGCAACUUCCUUGUCUGCUUUAUUUAAUAUGCUUAACCUCCACCGUGCUAUCAUACCUGCUGCUAAUGGACAUUGCUCAGCCCUUUCACUUGCACGCUACCAUGCAGCCUUAGCUGAUGGUGGUGUGGUCCCGCCGCCACAUUCCUCUCUUUCAAAUCCACCGCUUGGCAGCCAUCCCCAAAUCCACAAUUUUCUUUCCAUGAAGAGCCAUAAAAAGCAAAAAGGUUAGGGGACCAACGUAGUAGAUGCUGCGCCGAAGGAUAAAAUGAAUGGUUGUGGACAAAACAGGUACUGCAAUAAAGAUUUCAAGGACAGUGGUGACAGUUGCACUAGGUUUGACAAUGAGGGUAGCAAUGGUAACAGUAGCAACAGUACAAGUGAUGACUGCAAUGCAAGCAGGGAUGGUCCUCAAGACGAAAACAACUAGAUUUUCUUUAACACUAGGAUUCAUGGUACAUUCAGGGGUGUAGGUGAAUAUGGAGAUUCGGCUUUGCCAGGCCCAGGUGGGAUAUUUGGACUAGGAUUUACGAGGUUGAAAUCAAAGGAUGGGUCUUGCACAGGCUUUCGACACUCUGGUAUGGGUGGAUCAAUAGGUUUUUGUGAUAUUAAAAACCGGUUUGCUAUUGCAGUGACCCUUAACAAAAUAUCAUUUGGAGGAGUGACUGCAAAGAUUAUUGAGCUUGUUUGUUCAAAGCUAAAUAUCCCACUACCGGAGGAGUUUUCAGAAUCUAGUGACGUUUAUAGACCUCUGAUUAAUCAAGGAGGUUAUUCAUUUGAUGGAAUACCAUAUAUGCCCAAACCUUUUGCUCGUUCAAUAUUACUCCUAUGGUAUUCUCUCUUUGUUUAUUGUUUUACAAGAACAUGGUUAUGGACAGUUGACAGGCUGUGGUGAUAGCAUUGGGCUUAUAUUACUAAAAGAAAGAUAACAUUGGGCUUUUCAAAGGUUUCUCAUUGGGCCUUAUGUUUGUCCUAAUACCAAAGGCCGGCGCCCGUGGAAAUAAGGAAUAUAUAUUAAGGAUGACCAUAAUUUUUGAUUUUUUAUAUUCUUUAUUUAUUAAGUUGGAUUCAUUAAAGAGAUGACUUAA